GUGUCGCGCUGCACCGGCUGGUUUUUUCCUUUCCCUUGACUGUGGGAGGGACUUUUGGAGAGGCGUUGCCGCACAUCGACCAGUCUUGGAUCAAAUACUUGCUUCUACAGUCACGCAUUUCAUACGUUUCGCGCAUCACCUCAAUUUAACGCUACUCUAACAAUCCGCGAAUUUUUGGAAUAAGACGCAGAAUAUGGCCAAGUACAUCCAUGUCCCCGACGAGGCGCCUGCUGUGCCCAAAAUAGACGUAACAGUGGACGAGAACGACUACCGACACGACGCUCUGAAGCUCAUCAAGGAGCUGCGACCAAACUGGAAGCCUUCUGAGGUCAAAAUGAAGUUCUUUACAGAUGGAAUAACCAACAAGCUGCUGGGGUGCUAUGUGGGCCCUGUGAUGCAGGAUGUGGUUCUGGUUCGUAUUUAUGGAAACAAAACAGAGCUGCUCGUGGACAGAGACAAUGAAGUGAAGAGUUUCCGAGUGCUGCAAGCGCAUCGCUGUGCUCCUGCUCUGUACUGCACCUUUAAUAAUGGGUUGUGCUAUGAAUUUCUCCAAGGAACAGCCCUCGAGCCUGAACACAUCCGCAGCCAGCCUGUUUUCCGACUCAUUGCCGGGCAGCUUGCCAAAUACCAUGCCAUCCAUGCGCACAAUGGCUGGGUGCCCCGGUCUGACCUGUGGCUGAAAAUGGGAAAGUACUUUGCCCUCACCCCCAAACACUUCAGUGAUCCUGAGCGACACAGAAGACUUACUACAGAGGUGCCCAGCCCACGGUGCCUCAGAGAAGAGCUGCUUUGGCUGCAGCAGCACCUUUGCCAGCUGGGCUCCCCUGUCGUCCUCUGCCACAACGACCUGCUCUGCAAGAACAUCAUCUACAACAAGGAAGAUGGAAACAUAAAGUUUAUAGACUACGAGUAUGCUGGGUACAAUUACCAAGCCUACGACAUUGGGAACCAUUUCAAUGAGUUUGCAGGUAUAGAUGAGGUGGACUACAGCCAGUACCCUGGUCGGGGCUUCCAGCUAAUGUGGCUGCGCUCUUAUUUAGAGGCCUACAAGGAGCACAAGGGUCAAGCCACCAAUGUGACAGACGGAGAGGUGGAGACGCUUUAUGUUCAAGUCAACAAGUUUGCUUUGGCUUCUCAUUUCUUCUGGGGGCUUUGGGCGCUGAUUCAAGCCAAGGUUUCAACUAUAGACUUUGACUUCUUGGGAUAUGCAGUUCUACGUUUCAACCAAUACUUCAAGAUGAAACCUGAAGUGGCUGCACUGACCUUACCAGAAUAAGGACCCAGUCUUCUUCGAAUUUUUUUUUCUCUCCUCUUCCUCCCCUUCUCUUUCCCUGCACUGGCCUCAUGCAGAGACUGAAGAGCGCUCUCUAGAGGUCUUUGUCGGAAUGAGCACGACUGGAGUCUAGCCUAUCCAGGUCAAACUCUCCAAGAUGUUCUCUUCAGUGAGCAAGUGGAUCACAACCAUCUUAUCCAUUAUUCUCAGUCGCACCAUGUUGAAGUAAGGAAGUGCCCAAAUUAUGAUAUUUCAAUAUAAAUUAUGUUUAUUUAUUAUAUUUGGGCAAGAGUGGAAAUCCUGCUAAAAUAAUGUGAAUAAUAUUAUAUGGAAAUUUGAAAACUGAAAUUUGCCAAAGUAAAGCUUUAGCAGAAAGUUGAUUAAAAGAUUGAGAGCUCAUUUUAGACAGUGAUGUGGAUCCAAAAAUGAAAAGUAAUAAUUUGAUACUUCUCCAUAAAUAUAUAGGAGACAAUUUGAUGUCCAGUAGCCUGUAUGAUAAAUGUAUUUCAUUUGUAUACAUACAUACAGAGAUAUUAGUAUAUGCUCUCUUAAGGCAAAUAAGUUAAAUAUAGAGACUGUGACUUUAUUUACCACUACACAACAUACUUGGUCAGAUUUAAAAAGUGAAAUUUCAUGUUUAGAAUGAACAUAAUAUAGACAGAAAGUUAAAAACUACUGCUUUGUUUGUUUUGGUACAUAAUGGGAAAUCAGUGCAGCGCUAUAAUUAUCUGGUGUUGGAUACAUCCCUCGUCUUGUGACUUCUUUUUUUUUUUUUUUUUUUAUUCCAACCACAUGUACUCAUAGCUGCAUAACGUAACCAUUCUCUGAGAUGCCUUAUUUAAUGGCAGGAAUUAGUUUACAAAGUUAAACAGAAGUAUAAUCUUACUGUAAUUUCAAACAUUCUCAUACAGGGGUAUGUUGGUUACUGAUGCCAACUGCUAUAGCCAUGUCACUGUAUCUCAUUGUAAUCCUUCCUUCAUCCAGGAGUGAUCCAAGGUAGAAAUGUUUCAAAGGCUGUCAUCUCUGGGCAAUGUUGUUGAAAUCAAGAUGUUUCAGCUGCCAUCCAGAUGACUACUUUUGAACCUGUUCUACCAUGCACUGUAAGAAAGAGAUGUUAUCAAAUUAUCAAAACACUGCAAUGUAUUUUUUAUGGGAGAGAACCUGUAUUAUACAGCUUAUGUUUAGUUUUUUAGUUUGUUUAUUUUUUUGUACUUGUCAUUUAAGAAAGAUGUCUUCUCUUACUGGUAGAAUAUUUAAUUUGAAGUGCCUCAUUGAAGUUUGCGCACAAGAGGGGAGAGCGAGUUAAUUAUAUUUUUGUUGCUUGAUUUGAAUUUAAGGACACACUACCAGCUUACAAUAGGGACCUGUGAAGUAAGACUGUAACUAUUAAAUACAUUGAAGUUUAUAAGCUGCUGUUUCAUACACUUUGUACCAUUUUAAUAAUGGUUUAAUGUGCCUUGAGCAGGUUUUGGCCACUAUAGAGCUCACACCAAAGUGCAAAGUCUCUAUAUCACUGUACAUAUAGCACAUAUCUGUAGCGCACAUAGAAGUUUAAUUGUACAUAGAAAGUUGAUGUUUUCAGGAGGGUUCUCGCUUAGCACAGUGCCAUGUGGGUAUAUGUAAGAAUUCAGAUUCAAAUUCAUUCCUUUGUCUAAUAUUAACUGUGUAGCAGCACCUGGGUCCAAAACUUGGUUGAGUCAUUCACUUUUACUCUCCCAAACUGCUCUGAUUGGAUGACUUUUUAUGAGCAUGUUACAUCAUUUGUGGUUACUGUAUGUUGCUCCGGCAAUGCAAAUGUGAAGCUGGCAGAUAGACUUGGCAAUGUUUAUAGAUGAUCAGAAGUUGUUAAAGAAUUGUUUUUCUUCCAUAAAUGGAGAAGUGUAUGCAAAUAGGCAUGCUGUGCUAGCAAUGAAUAAAAAUGUCACUGAUGUAAAAUAGAAUUCUGAGAACAUGGGUAGCAUUUACUGGACAUGCAAAUAUGUUUUUAAAUGUAUUUAAGCUAAAACCAUGCUCAACAUGUAUUUCAGUUGUUCUGGUUGGUUGAAAUACGUAUGUACAGCACAAAUCAUCUCGCCUUCUAACACGUGUGAUUUUCUGUCUAACAAUGCAAAUGUCCACUGUAGCAUAUGUCCAUAUGUACAGUAAUGUUGUCAAAUAAUAAUGAUUGUACAUAGAGGGAGGAACUUUAUUUUCUUUUAUAAACGUUGCAUUUAACUAUAAUUGAUAAUUUCAAUACAUGCUUUUAAAAUAAAAUUUAUUUACCAUUAAGUCAA